UGAUACAAGUGGGAGCAGCAACAAUAAAGGAAAGCCUUGAAUCUUCCUGCACUCACAUGCUGACACUUUGAUGUAACCCCAAUGCUGUAACAAGAAAGGUUUCAUUCUGACUUCAAAGAAAAGAAGAAAGACAUCUGAACCAGUUCAUUUAAAUCUUUUUGGCAUCUUUCAAGAAACUAUUUCCUGGCCCUUCUCCAUUUAUGACUAAAGGUUCUACCAUAGCCUCACCUCUUGUCUUCCAGUUUCAGAAGAUGGGCUCAUUCCGGAGACCUCGGCCACGCUUCAUGAGUUCACCAGUGCUGACAGACUUGCCACGUUUUCUGGCAGCUCGGCAGUCUCUGAAUCUCAGUUCAAAUUCUGCAUGGAACAGUGUUCAAACGGCAGUGAUCAAUGUGUUCAAAGGGGGAGGCUUGCAAAACAAUGAACUCUACACCCUCAAUGAACAUGUCAGACGGCUGUUGAAGAGUGAACUUGGUUCCUUCAUCACAGACUACUUCCAGAACCAGCUCCUCACGAAGGGCUUGCUGUUCAUUGAGGAGAAGCUCAAUCUUUGUGAAGGAGAGAAUUGGAUCGUUGUAUUAGCUGAUAUUUGGGAUCACUUCUUUACAGAGACUCUUCCCACACUCCAGGCUAUAUUUUAUCCUGUUCAGGGUCAAGAAUUAACUAUUCGCCAAAUUGCUCUGCUUGGCUUCAGAGACUUAAUCUUGUUAAGAGUGAAGCUGGAUGAGUUUCUUCCUCUGGUUCAAACCAAGGUUCCUCCUUCCAUUGUCCAGAUGCUACUGAUCUUACAGGGAGUCCAUGAGCCCACAGGUCCCAGUAAGGCCUUCAUGCAGUUGGAGGAGCUUGUUAAGCAGGUGGUCUCUCCAUACCUUGGUCUCUGUGAAGAACACUGCUUUCCUGGCAGCACCUGUGCCCUGGAGAGAAGAUACUAUAGAUCUCGACCCAAUGGACUGAGCUUGUCUUCUCAUACAAUGGCAGCUCGUCAGACCAGUGAGACUGCCUUGACACCCCUGACAGAGCAAGAGGGUGAGGCAUACCUUGAGAAAUGUGGAAGCAUCCGUCGGCAUACUGUUGCCAAUGCUCAUUCAGAUAUCCAGCUAUUGGCCAUGGCUUCUAUGAUGCACUCGGGUAUGGUAGUAGAAGAACCUGAUAAUGGUGACAAAUGCCUUGUCCUGCAGCCCAGCUUAAAUCACAGGCAAUGUUCCAGUGAGCCUAGCAUUGCAGAUGGACCAGAAGGACUGGGGACACCAACUGUGCAGGAACCUUCAGAACUUAGCUGCACAUCUGUCUGCUAAAAUGCUACACAACUGAAACAGCUCUUGGGAGAGGAAGAAUAACUGCACUAAUCAAAACAGUGGGUUGCUAAAUGCUGCUGUGAACAGUGGAGAAUUCAAACGCUAGGAACUGAAUCUACUUGCCAUCGGACUGGAUUAAAAGUCUCUUUUGAAAUGUU